AUGUCAGAAUUAGCUGAUGUAUUGCCGACUGAAGAUUUGACAAUGUACACUAUCUGGGCCAAAUAUAAACAUUUGUGUGCAGUUACUGUUUCUGAAAGCAAUACAAAAGCUGUUACUAAUAAAAAAGAUGAUAGACCAAGUAUUGAGCAAAAUACAACCCGAAUGAUAACUGUUUCUGAACAAACGACUUCUCCUGAAAUCGUGCCUCUGAUAUCUGUUCCUCCUGUGGAAUGCCACGAUGAUAAUUCUACGACAUCUGCAAGGUCUUCUGCAGAAACACUUCAAAAUAGAGAUGUUUUCGUGCCUACUAACAAUAGUAAGAUAGAAAGGGGCAGUGAAAAAUGUGGCACUAAGCAAAAUCAGGACCUGCUUUCUAAAUGCGCUAUUAGUGACUUAACUUCUGCGCAUAAAACUCCGACCAAAGUCACACCUUUGACAUCUUCUGCUAUUGCAGUAGAUCAAAACGAGAUAAUACCAUCUUCAUCUACUGCAAGUUUUGCUCAUCACAUGCUUAAUAAAGGAAUUCUGGUGCCAUCACCGUUUAAGAAGGCUCUAUUUUGGCCAGAACCGACACAAAAGAAACGUAAAAUAUCCAAAGAAAAAAUACCAUCAGCUAUUACAAGCAAGUCAUGGAGAGAAUUUUACGCAAAAAAAGAUGCAGAAAAAAAAGAAAAGGAAGAUAUCAAAGCAAAAAGAAAACAACUACGUAAAGAGAAGAAAGAGUUAAAAGAAAAAGCCAUAAUUGAAAAACAAAAGAAUACGAGUAGACGUAAAGAAAACAUGAAGAAACGCAGACAUGUCUCUAUCACUUCCAGUGAAUCGGAUGUUGUAAGUGAUGUGACAUAUGCGGAGACAGGAGGAAGUGAAAUGGACACACCAGAUGAAUCUGAUGAAGAUCUAACACUUAUGGACUUGAAGCUAAAAAACACUAUGAAUGAAAAUGGCAAUAACAAUCAAAGGCAGUCAGAUAUUCAAGGCGACUCGAUUUCACUUCCGCUGUCCUUGGAACAAGCUGAUGCAAAAACGUCUGAUGAAGAUAUAGUAUCACCUAAAGUUAUAGUAGAGCAGUUGCCUUAUAACUUUUCUGUUACAUCAGAUGAAAAUUUAAAUGAAAAGCUGCGUUGUGGAAUUCCAAAAGGAAAUAAUACUUCCGUUUCUUGCAACGUUUCUGCUAACGAUUAUGUAAUAGUUAUUUGGAAUGAAAGGAAAUACCCAGAACAAAUUGUUUCUGUGACUGAAGAAGGGGCGCUAGUAUCUUGCCUUAAAAAAUCCAAAGAAUUUUGGCGCUGGCCUGUGAUAAAAGACUUACAACUGUAUAGUUGGGAUAGUGUUGUAUGCCAAAUAGCAAUUCCUAAGUUUGCAAUAAAAGGCUGUUUUAUUAUUCCAGAAAUGGAUAAUGUAUAA